AUGGCAGAGGAAGUUCCAGCAUCAUCAUCUUUCAUCCCCUACGUGCACUCCCAAACCCUAACAUCCCACGACCGCGCCGUUUCCUCCGUGAAAUUCUCUUCCGAUGGCCGCCUCCUCGCUUCCGCCUCCGCCGACAAGACCAUCCGCACUUACUCUAUCAAUGUCGACGGAGAUUCAAUCGCCGAGCCCUUACGAGUGUUCACCGGCCACGAGUGCGGCAUCUCCGAUGUCGCCUUCUCUUCAGACUCGAGGUUUAUCGUCUCAGCUUCCGAUGACAAAACCCUGAAGCUGUGGGACGUUGAAACCGGCUCGCUGAUCAAGACGCUUAACGGGCACACUAACUACGCCUUCUGCGUCAACUUCAAUCCCCAAUCAAACAUGAUUGUCUCUGGUUCAUAUGACGAGACUGUUCGGAUCUGGGAUGUGAAAACUGGAAAGUGCCUGAAAGUUCUUCCCGCGCAUUCCGAUCCCGUCACCGCCGUGGAUUUCAAUCGCGACGGCUCUCUCAUCGUCUCGAGUAGCUACGAUGGGUUGUGCCGCAUUUGGGAUUCAGGGACUGGACAUUGCGUGAAAACUCUGAUGGACGAAGAGAAUCCUCCUGUUUCCUUCGUCAGGUUCUCUCCCAACGGCAAGUUCAUCCUCGUUGCCACACUCGAUAACACGCUGGUGAGUUCUUCUGCUUCUCCUUCCAUUACCAUUUCACCAGAUGCUGCUGUAACGCUCAUUAGGCUGUGGAACAUUUCUUCGGCUAAAUUCCUCAAAACAUACACUGGCCACACGAACUCAGAGUACUCCGUUUCGUCUGGGUUCUCCGUCACAAGUGGAAAGAGAAUCGUGAGUGGAUCCGAGGAUAAAUGUGUAUACAUGUGGGAGCUGAACUCGAGGAAAUUGCUUCAGAAACUUGAGGGUCACACUGAGACUGUGAUGAGCGUGGCUUGCCACCCGACAGAGAACUUGAUCGCAUCAAGCUCACUCGACAAGUCUAUAAGAAUUUGGAGACAGAAGAAAGAAUGA